AAAAACAGUGACUGCGGAAUUGAGAGAGACACUGCUGGGGCGGUGCUUCAUUUCUUGUUUGAAGUAGUGAGAGAUGAUUUUUCUACCAAAAAAUUGAGAGAUCAUUUCACUAUUUCACAUAUCAAACACAAGUAAACCAAAACCCUCUCUGGAUUUGGGUACCAUUUUCCUCCUGAAACAAGAACAAUGGCUCUGGGAGAUGCUUUUCUAUCUGCUACUAUUCAAGUAGCACUUCAACAAUUGGCCGAUCCCAUCUUACGUGAAUUUGGGUUACGGUUGGGUGUUGAAAAAGAUCUGAAAAAAUUAGCAAGAACACUCUCAAAAAUUCAAUCUGUGCUCAACGAUGCAGAGGAGAGACAGAUCAGCGAUCUGGCAGUGAAGAUGUGGUUAAAUGAUCUUAAAGAAGUGGCUUAUGAAGCAGAUGACAUACUAGAUGAGGUUGCGACUGAAGCUCUGAGACUUAAUCAGGUACAGAAAUUGUUCUCCUUGUCUAAAGAUUUCUUUUUUGAACUUGGUUUAGCGCCUAAGAUAAAAGAGAUCUGUGAGAGACUAGAUGAAAUUGCUCAAGAAAGACAUGAACUUGGUUUGAAAGAGGGUUUUGGGGCAAAUCCAAUUGAAAUAAAGAGGCCACAAACAAGUUCACUUGUAGAUGAAUCUUGUGUUUUUGGUAGGGAAGCUGAUAAAGAGAAGGUGAUAGAGUUGUUGACAUCACCUGAUUGUGGAUAUGAUGUUUCUAUUAUUCCGAUAGUCGGCAUGGGUGGACUGGGAAAGACAACCCUUGCUCAAGUUGCUUACAAUGAUAAGAAAGUAGAAAAGCAUUUUGAUUUAAGAAUGUGGGUUUGCGUGUCUGAUGAUUUUGAUGUUAAAAUGCUCACAAAAUCAAUCAUAGAGUCUGCAACUAGAAAAGCUUCUGAUCUUAUGGACUUGGAUGUGUUGCAAAGUGAACUUCAAGAGAGACUGAAAGGGAAGAGAUUUCUACUUGUGUUGGAUGAUGUGUGGAGUGAAAGUAAGAGCGAUUGGGAAGUCCUUCGCCUUCCAUUUCGCGCUGGAGGUAGUGGAAGUAAGAUUAUUGUAACUACUCGUAGCGAAAAAGUUUCAUCAAUCAUGGGUACUAUGGCGGCACAUCGGUUGGAGGCUUUAUCUGAUGGUGAUUGUUGGUCAUUGUUUAAACAGAGAGCAUUUGUGGAUGGGAAUGCAGAGGCCUACCCAAACUUGGUAGCAAUUGGGAUGGAAAUUUUGAAGAAAUGCCAAGGUUUGCCUUUAGCAGCGAAGACGCUUGGAGGGCUAUUACAUGGUAAAGAAGAGGAGUAUGAGUGGGAUAUGAUCUUGAAAAGUGAUUUAUGGGACUUGAGAGAAGAUGAAAAAGAGAUUUUGCCAGCCCUUAGACUCAGUUACAAUUAUCUUCCUUUACAUUUGAAGCAAUGUUUUUCCUAUUGCUCUAUAUUUCCCAAGGAUUAUGAAUUUAACAAGGAGAAGCUGGUUUUAUUGUGGAUUGCUGAAGGUUUUGUCCAUUCUAAGGGAAGGAAACGAGUGGAAGAUGUAGGUUCUGAAUGUUUUGAUGAUUUGGUUCUUAGGUCUUUCUUUCAGCAUUCUAAAAUCGAAGAGGCAGUGUUUGUCAUGCAUGACCUCACCCAUGACUUGGCCCAAAUUGUUUCAAAGGAAAUAUGCUUUGCUGUGCAGUGUAACGACUUACCCAGUAUCUCAGAAAAGGCUCGCUAUGUUUCCUUGCUCAUUAACACAUCCAAGCCAAUUCCAUUGGAGUUCUUCAAUACAUCAAAGAGUCUGCGAACAUUUUUGAUUCUAAGCAGCCAAUACAGGCAUGAAAUUCCUGAUAUGAAACUCCCUGAUGAUCUGGUUGUGAGCUUGAGAUUCUUACGUUCUUUAUAUUUGAGUGAUGUCCCUAUCAAGGACCUACCAUAUUCAAUUGGAGAUUUGAAACAUCUUAGGUACCUAAACUUGUCUGACACUAGAAUUAAGGAUUUACCUGGCUCAGUUUGCAGUCUCUACAAUUUACAGACGUUGAUACUUAAAAAUUGCAGUGAGCUUUUUCAGUUGCCCAAAGACACAACGAACCUAAUUAACUUAAGAAAUCUCAGUUUAGUUGGAUGCUGGCAUCUUGCAUCCAUGCCUCCUGAAAUUGGGAGAUUGACUUGUCUGCAAACAUUGGAUAGGUUUGUUGCGAGUGAAGAAUCUGGUUGUGGGAUAGGACAGUUGAAGAACAUGAUGCAACUCCAAGGAUCACUUUGUAUUGAUAGGCUUGAGGAUGUAGCUAAUGUUACUGAUGCCAUGGAGGCAAAUUUGAAGAAUAAGCAUUACCUCCGUAAGUUGGUUUUGGAAUGGAGCUGCAGAAGCUAUUUGUCAGAUGGAAUAGAUGAGGAUGUACUUGAUGGCCUCCAGCCCCAUGCCAACAUCGAAGAACUGAGGGUAGACAAUUAUCAUGGAUCUAAAUUUCCAAGUUGGAUCGGAGAAUCGUCGCUCUCACAUCUAGUGAAGAUUGAAUUCUUCCAUUGUGGCCACUGCAAAAUCCUCCCACCUCUUGGGCGACUACCAUUCCUUAAACAUCUCAUUAUCGAUGCAAUGUAUGGAUUGGAAAAUGUGGGUUCUGAAUUUUGUGGUGAUGGGGAUGUACUGGGCUUUCCCUCAUUGGAGACGCUAAAACUUGAAGAUAUGACAGAUUUGAAGGAAUGGAAAGGAGCAGAGAAUGGAGAGUUUCCUUGUCUUCAUGAGCUUAUCAUUAUGAAGUGUCCCAAGCUGACUAUUCUUCCAAGGUUUUCCUCUCUCCAGGACUUAAUUUUGGAUGAAUGCCAUGAGAAUAUACUGAGCUUAUUGCCUCACAUGACCUCUAUUUGCUCCUUGAAGAUGUCGAAUUUUCAGAAGUUAACGUCCCUACCUGGAGGCUUUUUUCAUAAUCUAAGUGCACUCAAAGAACUGAAAAUCCAUCAUUGUUAUCAGCUUUUGACAUUGCAGAAGGUGGGUUUGCAAGACCUUAAAUCUCUUUCCCACUUGGAAAUUUUGUGCUGUCCUAAACUCGUGGGCUUGUCAGAAGGGCUUCCUACAACACUUGAAAAUCUCUCUGUCCAUGUAUGUAGCAAUCUCAAAUCCCUACCAGAGGGGCUACAAAACCUAGCAUCUCUUCAGGAAUUGGACAUUUACAAGUGUCCACAACUGGCAUCCUUCCCGUCAGAUAGGCUACCAACAAUGCUUAAACAUUUAAGGAUAUCCAAAUGUUCAAAUCUCAACUACUUGCCUAGGGGUUUGCGAGACAUAACUGCUCUUGAAUCUUUGGUAAUUAGAGGUUGUCAUCAAAUAAUAUCUUUGCCAAAGGAGGGGCUGCCGACCAGCCUCCAUUCUUUAAUGAUCCAAGAAUGUGAAAUACUAGAGAAACGGUGUCAAGAAGGCGGUGAGGAUUGGGUGAAAAUAUCUCACAUUCCCCAUAUUUACAUUGGAGACUUUUGAAUCAGUUUCUCAGAGUGUAAAUGCUGUUGCUAUUCAAAAUCUAGAAGGGAGGGCAAGAGGCAUUGAGAAAUGUGGUUGUUCUCUUGCUGGUGUUACUGAAGCAUAUAGGGACAGAGGUUUUCUUCACUUCACAAGCUAAAACUGCAAAUGCAGACUAGCUGCAUGAUUAGCACCUUAUUCAUCGGGCCGAUCGACCACAACCCGAUGGAUCGACCCGCGACUUGGAGGAGUAUAUAAUGUACUAUCUUCUUGUUGAGCAAGUAGUUGUAAUUUUGGGGGUUUUUUGAGCUAGGGUUUCAGAGCUAUUGAAUUUGGACGGGAGCUUGCAAGCAAAUCAUUCUUUCAGCAUGUUCUUGAAGAGAGUGUUUAUGAAGAUGGUAAUCAUUUGUAUCGGCUCCUGGAUCAUGAUUACAUCAUAUCGUCUCAAUGCCACAACCUUCCAGGGGAAACUCGUUAAACCCAAGCCAAUGGUAGAAAUUGUAUCAAGGUUAUGAUUCUUGUCCUUUGCAGUCUUUGAAGCUUACACUAUUGAAGAUGGAAAGCACGUUAGGAGUUUGCAAGGCACUUGAGAACAGUUGAGGAACUUCAGAGGGUAGAGAUGCAGGAUAUGUCAAGGGAGGAGAAACCUGUUUUCUUCAUAAAUCUCUACAAUAUGAUGCCCAUUCAAGCAAUCUUGGUAUGGGGCUAUCCUGUUGGACAACUGGAGCGAGGAAGGUUUCUUGGGACUUAUAAGUAUGUUAUUGGUGGAUGUACCAACUCCCUUUCCGGCAUCCAAAAUGGCAUCUUGAGGGGAAACCAACGACUCCAUACAAUCUCAUCAGUGUGAAAAGGCAGACGUUUGAAGGUAGCUCUUCCCUUUCUGGAACCUCUUGUUCAUUUUGCACUAGUACGUGGUACGCAAUCUGGGCGAGCUCUUCGAUGCUAGUUACCUGGAGAUAUUGAUUGAUAAGGAGCUGAUGGAGGCAGCCCGCAAUUUUUUAAGGAAUGAAGGUCUUAUUGUUGAUGGUGAGGCCAAGGUGGUAUCAGGCUGUACGAUACUUAGAUAUUAAGUAGUAUUGGAAUAGUCCAAUUGAUACUUUGGCUUGUCAUGUUUUGCCCCGGGCAAAAACAGAACGGUUGGACAGAGUUUUACUAUCAAAUGUGAAGUUAGGACAGGAAGGAUGGUAGUUAAUUUGACCUAUUAAAAGCAUGGUGUCUGCGCCACUUUGUUCACAUAAAUCAUUUCUUGGUUAGAGAAACCAUUUUGGAAGAUCGACUGAAAGGGGUUUUGUGUUCAUGUUAGGAAUGACAAUCACUAUUUUCACUCCUACAAGGACUACACUAUUUGGUGGCAUCAUUGGCUCAUUUAAUUUUUUGUUCUGCUGCUAGUGACUGGUCACACCUUGGAUAAUUGAUAUCUGUAAUAAUUUAGAAGAUUUCUAUAAUUGUUAUGUGACAUUCUCCUUCCACCUUUAUCCUUCAGGUACCCUGGGGAUUUUGGAAAGAAUGAAGUGGAAGUGCUGAAUCUUGAAUGUAAAUGAGAACCUCUUUACGGGUCGUCUCAACUUGAAGGUGGGUAAAACUAGACUGGAGUGUUUGUAUUAGCCCUAAUCAAUCUGAUGGCAAAAGCCUCUCCUUGUGCAACCGAAGCUAAUUAAGCACUCAGAUAAUAAAACAUCCUUUUGAAGACGGCACUCAUGAUUUCUGAAAAUAACACCCAACCUGCCAGCAGCUUUGAUGGUUAAGCUAAAGACAUGGAAUUGGUUCCUUUAUUAUUGUUAUUCAAUGAUCAUUUUAAUUCACAAAA